GCAGCUACGGAUGUGCCGGAUUCCCCGCAGCGACCGGAGCUGCCAGGCGCACUGGGCGCUGUGGCAAAAGCCGCCGAGGUCCAGACGGAAGCAGAGCGUUCGGCACCCAAAGCGACGCCGAAGCUGGGCGUCCUCUAUGAAGUUGUUUACGACGCGAUCUGGAUACGACGGGAGCCCAAUGCCAAAGGCGACAAGCUGACAAAACGUGUCAAGAACGAUCGCCUCCGCGUGCUGGGCUUGGAUGAGACGCAGAAUUGGGGCAAAGUCCACGUUAACGUGCGCGAGGGGGAGCUCGAGGGAUGGGUCAUGCUUCAGCACGAGGAACUGGGAGAGUUGAUCAGGACCUGUGCGGAUGAUGACGAUGAGGGGGGUCUCCUGAAGCCAGCGAGUUUGUAG